AUGUUGGCUCAAAGACCGCUGACACCGCCGUACACGGCUCCGCGGGACCCGGAACCGACUCAAUACAAUCUUCCACGAGAGAAUGACACGCUCUUAACAGAGCUCUCAGGUCGUUGCAACACGUCUCUCCAAAGCACGCUCUCGAAACCUACAUUCCGGCGCCUCGCAGAAGAAGUGAUUUCGAAAAAUGUUGGCUCCAAAUCAACCAAAGAUACCAGGGACCUAGAGCCUCGCAUACAUUUCACCGUGUCCCAGGCCGCUCAGAAGCUCUCACAACAAGCUACUACCACCGUGAACGGGAUAUAUUUUGAGCUUACAAAACUUUUACCACAAAGACUACAGCCAUUUCUACUCAACUUUAUAGGGAAAGAGGCUAGUGAAGAGGAUCGGUAUACUUUUAUAAUCAAUGUGCUUCCAUGGGUAUUGAAGAAGCUACGGAAAUCCCCAUCACAAAAUGGAGUACGGAAACGGGGCCUACCAAGAAGAAGUCAACGCAUUGCUAAAAAGCAACGACAGAAGAAAGUUGGUGCCAAACGGGUGGAAAAAGCAUCGGCAGCACCAGCAAGUAAAAUAAAAAAGAGACAACAAAGAGGGAAAUGA